AUGUCCAUCGCCAUUCCAACUGGAAAUAAGAAGCCAUUGUCAGCACCCCAGUGUUACCUCCUGACUACAAUGGCAUACAAUCACUACACUGCCAUCCGCAUCCCGCUGCUAUAUAAUGUGAUCAUGUCCUCUCAUGUGUGUAUUUCUUUGUGUGUAGGGAGCUGGAUGUGUGGCUGCAUCCACGCCAUUAUCCUAACUUCCCUCACCUUCCAGUUAUCUUACUGUGGCUCUAACGAGGUGGCCUAUUACUGCUGUGACAUACCUGCAGUCUUACCUCUAGCCUGUGAAGAUGCGUCCCUAGCCCAGAAGGUAAGUUUUACAAAUGUUGGUCUUUUGUCUCUCAUUUGCUUUUUGUUCAUCAUUGUUUCCUACACUCGCAUUGGGAUCUCCAUAUCAAAAAUUCGCUCAUCAGAAGGCAGACAAAAAGCAUUUUCUACUUGCAGUGCUCACAUCACUGCAAUUCUUUGUGCUUAUGGACCAAUAAUCAUCAUCUAUCUACAGUCUAAUCCUAGUGCCUUGCUUAGAGCUUUAAUUCAGAUAUUGAGUAAUCUUGUCACUCCUGUGCUGAACCCACUGAUCUAUAGUCUGAGGAAUAAGGAUGUGAAAUCAGCCCUGAAGAAUGUAUUUCACAAGAGAGGAUUCACUCUGGGGAGUAAAUGA